GAUACGAACCUGGCGACCCGAAUUCCACUCACGGCCACCAACACCAUCGUUGACGAUUCUUAUCUGAACCGGUCCUGGGCCUCUCCUUGGUCGACUCAGCCUCAAAUGAGUACCUGGUGCGGUGUGUAGUAAACAUCGCUACUGGGGAAACAAAGGCGGUCGGGCGUGGUACUGGCCACCCAGCCCCUCGUGUGCCGUGCCGGCCUUCACUGGUGCUGCUCGCUAACAGCACUUGCCCCAGCAGUCUGUUGAAGGCUAUACGGGGGAUCUUUGUCUUUGUCUCGCGGUUUUGUAAAUUACAGAACUUGGCCCAUUCCCUCCCUCCCUCCACCACCACCACGAGGAGUCACCACCCACUGGUACCGCCCGUGGUGGUGGUGGCAGUGGGGAUGAUGAUGAUGGUGAAGGCUCAUUCGGUGAACGCUCCCGGCUGAGACGAGGCCUGAACGAGAGCGAGGGAGCGAGCGAGCGAUCAUCGCGUCUUCAUCUUCCCGAGGAAUGAGAUUCCUACAUCAUCACCACCAUCGCCUCCCGAACCCCAUCGCCACCCUCAUCCUCUUCCACAUCAUCGGUGCCGUCGCAACGAGGUCACGGAUACCAGCUGCUAGCGGUAGGAGCCACGCUCCCGUGAUCCACCUAUCCCAGGAAGAUGUCUUCCUGCCCAGAAUCCUGGAGGAGUCGCGGAGUCGUCGCGACGUCCCCCAGCACCAGCAGGGUCGCUGGCCCGACCAGGCGCGAUACGCGGUGCGGGUCGGGGGCCGGGACGCUGUGGUGGCGCUGCGGAGGAACCGGGAGCUGAUGUCGCAAGACUACACGGAGUUCCACUACCUGGCCGACGGGACGCCGGUGACAAACACGACGGUGGAACGGAGCCACUGCCUCUACCAGGGCCACGUGGAGGGGGAGCCGGGCUCCUCUGUCAGCCUCAGCACCUGCGAUGGCCUCCGCGGUCUCCUCCGUGUCUCCCACGGGAGCUACGUGGUGGAGCCGCUCCCCGGCUCCUCCUCGGGGGAGCACACCUCGUCACGCGUCCGCCGCUCCGCCGAGCCCCACGCCACCUGCGGGGUCGCGGACGCGGCGCCCUCCCCUCCUCCACCGUCGUCCCCUCCUCCUCCUCGUUAUCGUCACCGCGACGCGUCGCCGUGGUCGCCGCCCUGGCAGCCGGGCCGCCCCCGCGUGGCGGCAAUGGUGGCGCCCGUCACCGAGGUGCAGCGGGCGCUGCUCUCCGACACCAAAUACGUCUCGCUCGUCAUCGUGGUGGACAACGCCGAGUUCAUCAAGUUGGGGCGCGACAUGCAGCGGGUGCGCCAGCGCGUUCUGGAGAUCACGAACCACGUGGACAAGCUCUACCGCCCCCUCAACAUCCGCGUGGCGCUCGUGGGGCUGGAAGUGUGGACCCACGAGGACAAGGCGCCCAUCACCUCCGACCCCAAGCUCACCCUCGACCGCUUUCUGGACUGGCGCUUCCUCCACCUCGUGCCACGCAAGCGCCACGACAACACGCAGCUCCUCACCGGGAUGGACUUUGUCGGUGACACAGUGGGCCUGGCUCCCAUCUCGGGCAUGUGCUCCAUCCGCCAGUCUGGUGCCAUCAAUCAGGACCACCACGCGAGCGCUGUGGGCGUCGCCACGACGAUGGCGCACGAGAUGGGGCACAACCUGGGCAUGACCCACGACUUGGCGGAGCGGGGCUGCGUAUGUGCCACGCCCGAGGAGCGCGGCGGCUGCCUCCUCUCUCCCGGACUUGGCUCGCUGUUCCCGCUCGAGUUCAGCAGCUGCAGCCAGGGGGACCUGCGCAACUUCCUCCUGACGGGGCUCGCCGAGUGCCUGCUGUCCCCACCGGCGCCCGGCGAAGUCUACGGCGGCUCCGUCUGUGGCAACCUCUUCCUGGAGCCCGGAGAGGAGUGUGACUGCGGCACCGCCGAGGAGUGCACCAACCCCUGCUGCGAUCCGCUCACCUGCCGCCUGCAGCCCGGGGCCGAGUGCGCGCACGGGGCCUGCUGCGACAGCUGCAAGGUGGCACCGGCGGGCAGGGAGUGCCGCCCGGCGCGGAGCGAGUGCGACCUGCCGGAGUCGUGCGACGGCGCCGCCCCGUCGUGCCCUCCCAACCUCCGCAUGGCGGACGGCACCCCCUGCCAGGGCGGCGCCGCCUUCUGCCACUCGGGCGCGUGCCCCACGCCGCUCCAGCAGUGCCGCUCGCUGUGGGGCGCCGGUGCGGACGUGGCGCCGGCCGUGUGCUUCGAGCGCGUGAACGUGCAGGGAAACAAGUACGGCAACUGCGGCGUGGACACGCACGGCUACGUGGCCUGCGCCCAGAGGGACACGCGAUGCGGGAAGCUACAGUGCGUGGGGGGGGAGGGCUACCCCAUAACAGGGGUCACGUACACCCUGCGUGUGCCCUGGGGGGCCGCCCUCACGGUCUGCAAGAUCGCUGGGCACGAGAGCGACCGCUCGGGGCGGCCCCCCACUGCCGGGGAGCCCCCAGCCGGCAGCGUCCUCUCUGGCACCAAGUGCGGCGACGAUAAGGUGUGCGUCUUUGGGAAGUGCCAGGACGUGAGCUCGCUGGGCGCUGACGAGUGCACGGCCAAGUGCAACGGCCACGGGGUGUGCAACAACCUGCGCAGGUGUCACUGCGACCCCGGCUGGGAGCCUCCGUUCUGCCUGGAGCGUGCGAGUGGAGCAGGGCUGCCAGUGGUGGUGGUGGUGGUCUGUGCGGUGGUGGCGGCAGUGGUGGCAGUGGUGGUGGUAGCGGUGGUGGCGGCCGUGUGUGUCCGUCGACGGAGGAGAACGAGCAUCGGCUACAAGCAGCACGACAGCAGGAGCACCGCCAGCGUUGCCAAGACGACGACGGUGGCCACCGCCAGCGUUACCAAGACGACGACGGCAGUGGCCAUCUCAAGCCCCCGCUUCAAGUCGAGCACGAACCACGCGGCCCAACAACGGCUGCCCCUCCCCGCGCCGCUCCCGCCGCUCCCCGCACCGCCCCCAGCGGCCCCCGGCACCGUUGCUGCGACACGCGCGUUGUUCCUUCAGAGUCCCUCCAAGGCUGCCCCCGCUCCUCCCGGGGCUCCGUUCAGGCCACGGCCCCUCAAGUCGGUGACCUCGCCGACCUCGCCGACCUCUGAGGCAGCGCCACAGCCCAGGCCCCGCCCGCCCGUCCCCUGCAAGCCCCUGCCGCUUCUCUCCACCGGCAUCAGAGGGGGGGGCCCAUCCCGGCCACUGCUGCCCCCCAAACCGCUCAUGCCCCCCAAAGUUGGGCCGCGGUGACACCCCCCCCCCCCCCCCCCCCAUUUUAUUUCUUGUUACGCAUCGUCGUUUUUGGCGUCGGUAGCAUCUGCCAUGGUCUAUCCACUGCUGAAGGCCGGCACUUGUUCGUCACCACGUAUCGUGAUCUAACGACUGCUGGAUGGACUCGAUAUACUGCCACCUAUUCACAGUCCUGAAACCCAUCGGUCUCGUCUCACCGAUGCACUCGCGAUGGCCCCGUCGCUCGACCUCCACGGCGGUGGUCAUCCUCAAAUAGGCCGCGGUCCUUCCUUCGGCCGCCAUGCCGUCACCGGUCUUGUUCGUUGGCCAUAAUCACCCAUAAUCACCCAUAAUCAACCCUUCUGGCGAUUAAAAACGCCACCGGUCCAGGCCCAUUUGCCGCAUCACCAGUCCGUCCCUCCGUGUGACGUCUCCAACGUUUGUUCGUUCCCCGCUCCACGUGCUCCUCGUCCCCAUUUUGAAGACUGAAAAUUACUUGAAUAUUCGUGGUGAAUGCGAGACUCUCUUCACAAGGCUGGAGUGUGUAUUUAUCAUUGGCAACAUCGACUUUACGCUGUUUAAUUAAUGGCAGCUGUGAACCUGGUUAUCAACCCAGGGAUCUAAAGGGUGCUGGUUUUGGCCAUUAAAACUCCAUUCUUUUUUCAGCCAGCCGGCCCCCACCUCAGGCUGAAAUAAUUAUUAAUUUAUCAUCUCAGCCCAGCCUUGCCUCAAGAGGGUCCCACACGAUCUCACUAUGACGUGUUGUCUUCUGAAAGUACUUUUUUAACCUUUUUUAUGCUUUUACAAAGCAGCUGUGAGGUCUGCAAUGGUUUACUGGUCUUAAGUGAAUUUUUUUAUUUAUGGCUUUUUUUUUAAUCGCGAAUUUGCGUCCGAGUCCGUGAGGUUUGAAAGUCUGUUGACCAAAAAUACGCGUGAAUAAUGAUAAUAAACAUGCUCGAUC